AUGGGGAUUCCGGCAAUGAUGCGCCGCUGGCGCCAGUUUGCUUUAUCGCUCGCGUUUUGUUUGAUAGCCACCGGUGUAGUUGCCGAUAAACCAUACUUUCAUGACAAACCUGUCGUCAAACUUCCACAAGAACUACCAAAACCUUGGCACGAUGGGAUAAAUUAUCACGGUGAUAAACCGCUACCAUUUUAUCAUUAUGUCCACAAAUCACCUCCCCCACCUAAACCAUCACCACCGCCCCCAUAUAUUUACAAAUCACCGCCGCCACAUUCACCGUCACCACCUCCUCCGUACAUAUAUAAGUCACCACCACCACCGUCGCCUUCUCCUCCCCCACCUUACAUUUAUAAAUCGCCACCACCACCUUCACCAUCUCCACCACCUCCAUAUAUUUACAAAUCUCCUCCUCCACCAUCACGUUCACCACCUUAUAUUUAUAAGUCGCCACCCCCACCGUCGCCAUCUCCGCCACCACCAUAUGUUCACAAGUCGCCUCCACCACCAUCUCCAUCACCACCACCUCCUUAUAUCAACAAGUCUCCACCGCCUCCAGCAAAAUCUCCUCCUCCACCUUAUAUUUACAAGUCACCACCUCCACCAUCACCAUCCCCACCACCUCCUUAUAUCUACAAGUCUCCGCCGCCUCCAGCUAAAUCUCCUCCACCUCCAUUUAUUUAUAAAUCCCCACCACCAGCUUCACCAUCCCCGCCACCACCAUAUACCUACAAGUCUCCGCCGCCUCCUGCUAAAUCUCCUCCACCUUAUAUUUAUAAGUCACCACCUCCACCAUCACCAUAUCCACCACCACCAUAUGUUCACAAGUCCCCUCCACCACCAUCUCCAUCGCCGCCACCUCCUUAUAUCUACAAGUCUCCACCGUCUCCAACUAAAUCUCCUCCUCCACCUUAUAUUUAUAAGUCACCACCUCCACCAUCGCCAACUCCACCACCACUAUAUGUUUACAAGUCCCCUCCACCACCAUCUUCAUCGUCGCCACCUCCUUAUAUCUACAACUAA